UCCGCCUUUUCUACUGAUAAAAAAUUAUCUGAAAUGAUCGAUAAUAAAAUAAAAACGUAGAAGAAUAAGAAUUUUUGCAAAAUUUGUUGAUGUAAAUUUUCAAAAAAGUAUAUUGUUCGCUGAAUUUCAAUCUAUUGACACCAUCGGAGAAUAUUAAUAUGAAUUUUAAGAAUGUAAGAUUCAUAACGAAUACGUUCAAUCCUCAACAUUGCUCAAAGGCUGCGUAUUCUAGACGUAAUAAUUCAAACCUUGAAAAAUUCUAUAAAGUGGUCGGGAAAGUAGAAAAUUCAUCCAAUGAUGGUCAAAGUAAUUCUGCUCUAGCUCCAGUUCCAAACUGGGAGUUACUGAGGCCUCGAGGGUACAGAUUUUUUCUUCCUGGUAAUGUUGGACCUGGUUGGCACGAUGUAAAAUCCAAUCCUCAUAGUUUACCCCAAUUACAGGAUUUUGAUUUAAUAUCAACUGACUUCAAAUGUUACGCUCAAGAAUGUCCCAUUUUAUUAAGACAAAGUGUGACGGAAUUAUUUCCCGGCGUUGACUUCAGCUAUAGCCGUUUAACGGUGAUAUCACUUUCUCAUAAAAAUCUAAAGCAGAUCGCUGAAAACGAAUUGGAAGAUACUGCUAAAACGUUUGUAUUAUCAGCGCGAGACAUUUGUCAGAAAUUAAGGUCUGCCGGCUACUGGGCUGAUUUUAUCAAUCCGUUUUCCGGUAUACCUGGAGCGAGCACUUAUAAUACGUCCGUUAAUUUGUACGAAACUGAUCCACGAUUUCGUAGUCUAGGUUUUCGUAUAAUCGAACGACAAAAUUGUCGCGUUAUUGAAGACAAAAAAUCGUGUCGUUUUAGAGGUAAUCUGUUCACCACAGCGCCUGCCGAAACCGAAGCCUUGAGAAAAAUCCUUUUACCUUAAGAAGUCGUAUAUCAAUUACUUCUGUGUUAAAACACCUGUAUGAUGUGUAAAUUGAAACCUUUAUCCUUAAAUCGUUAUAUCGUAUUUACUGUAACCUUUCGUCAUUAGGAAAAAUUACUGUAUCUAUAAAAUAUCUUGACUGGGCGAUUCUUUCGUACAGACGCUUUAAUUAAUAUUUGUUGACGGGAGUAGGAUAAAUUGUUAAAUUCUUGAAAAUAACCAACGGUCUCAUAAAUGGCUAUCUUUACCUUUAUUCUGUGUUACUAUUUUUUAAUUGUCUAAAAAUUGAAAAAUUCGAAUAAAGUUUUUCAACGGA